AUGACUUUCGACUGGGAGUCAAUUAAUUCAUUUCUGAAUGAUUCAAAAACUGUAACACUUUCAUAUUCAGAUGAAAAAGGUAGAGAAAUGCCAGUUUCUUGUGAAUCAGAAUUUAGAGAAGCUGUUAAAUAUGCAAAAAAAAAUGGGAAAAAUUACAUUCGAUUCUCAAUAAAAUCAAACGAAUUGAGUCCGUAUGAAGAAUUUUCGAUUAGAACAAAAUCAUCUGAUAAUAAUUCUCAAGAGUGUGUAAGCGAUAACAAAUUGAAAAAAAAAGAAAAAGGAGAAGGUUUAAAUUUAAAUAAAGAUGAUGGUUGUAAAUCAAACAAUGAUGUACCUCCUCCUUGGUUUGUAAAUUAUAUGAAAAAAUUUAAGAAAAGGAUUGUGGAAGAAAUAAGAACAGAAAUGAAAAAUAUUGUUCAUGACACUUGCGAAAAAGAAAGUAGAAAACUUUUAAAUAAACUUGAAAUGACCGGUUUGACAUUUCCAUCGAAUGAUGAAAUAAAAAAAAAAGAAAUUUUCGAUAUAACUUAUAAUUUAACCGAUGAAAUUGAAAAACAAAAAUUGGAAAAGAAAUGGAAAGAAGUUCAAAAAGCAUGCAUGAAAGCGAUUAAAUCUGCAAGUUCUCGAAAUCAAGUAGUCGAAGAUAUCGACAAAGGAUUUAAAAAACAAGAAAAAACAAAACAACAUUCGAAAUCAGAGAAAAGAAAUGCUGAUGCAUUAUUAAAUUCAUUUAAUAAAUCAAAUCCAUCUGUAAUGUUUUUAAACAAGGUUUAUGAAACGACAAUAACUCAAAAUGAAAAUUUUUACAUACAGUUACCGAUUGUUAAUGUGGGUAAAAUUCCUGUUAAAAGAAUUAAAAUAUUAUGUUCGACAAUGGAUGGUGUAUCACUUGAUGAACCAUACUAUGAAAUUGGGGCUUUAUCACCAGGAGAACAAUGCAAUAUAGUUUUGUCUGGAAAAGUAUCUAAAGAAAUUGGCCUUUAUUACAUUGUUUGUAGAAUAUAUAAAGAAUUGAAAGAAUUGUGUUGUCCUUUGAUUUGCACGAUAAAGGUCGUCACGCGAAAUUCUCUUGAAUGCGACAAACAAAAAAUUGAUCACACUAAAACAGGGAUCACGUCUGACGUCAUAUUAAAAUGUCAAAAAGAAAUACAGGAAAAUAUGAAUGAAAUUCAAGAAAGAUUGGAAAGCAUCAACACUCUUCGAUCUCGAAGUAUUGAAAAAAUUUUUCCAACGACUUUUUCUUGUGAUAAAGAAGAAAAAAUGUUUGUCGGAACCGGAAACGAAACGAAGAAGAAACAGGAUUUUAUUACAAAAGAGAGUGAAUUUGAAAAAUUUAUUAUUAAUUCAGAUAACAAGGGUGAUGAUUCUGAGGAAAAAGUUUUUGACAUCAAGGGUAAAACAACAGUCAAAAUCCCAACUGAUAACUAUUUUGAUAAUGAUAAUAAUAUUGAAAGUAAAGAAAAAUUGACAGAUGAAAAAAUAAAAAAUGAUAGAAAAUCAAAAGGUUGUAGCGAGGAAUCUGAUUCAGAAUUAAGCGUUAUAAGCGUAUCGGACAAGGAAGAUGAAGAAGAAGAAGAAGAAGAUGACGAAGCUUUUGUUAUAUUAAAAUUAACAGAAUCAAAUUCCGAUUCAGAAGAAGUUUUAGGAGAAGUUAAAAACGAAGGGAUUCCCAAAGGUAUUUUCACCGACGUUAACGAUGAGAAGGAGGAGGUGUCGUCGAAAGAAAAAGAAAGCGAAGUAUCGGGUGAUGAUAAAACGGAUGAGAAAACGAAAAAGAUACACGAAGGUCAGUUUAAUUCGACGAGUAUUCGAUCUGUUUAUUCUUCGAAAGACCGGAAAUUAACGAAAAAAAAAAAGAAUAAAUUGUUGCCAAGAUCAACAAAUUAUCAUUUCACGACAAAUAACUUAACCGAACCUACUUUUAUGGUUAAUCCAGACAGAAUUAGUAAAAAGGGAGAGAAGAAAUCCGGGACUGUUGUUGAUUUUGACGAGAACGAGUCCGAAAAACCGUUCGAAAUGUUUACGAGAAAAGAAGAUUUGAAAAAAUCAUCAAAAGCUGCUUACGUCAUCGACGCGAACGGAUUUUGCAUUCCUCUUAGAGGGGAUGACGAACGGGAAAACGAGGCUGGAAAUUUUUUUUCAAACGAAUCAAAUUCUAAUAAUAACAAUUCAGGAAACGAAAGCGAAGAAUCGGUUAACGUUUUACCGGAUGCUUUAGUGAACGGAGCUUCGAACGUGGCCUCGAUGGCGAUAAACACGGCAAAAUCCGUUAUAAAUAAUUUACAAUCAGCAUUCGUUUCAGACGGGGUAAUCGAUCGGAAGACCGAAGAGGGUAAACCCUCUUGCGAUGAGGACGACGAGGAAGAAUCGGAGAAGAAGAAGAAGAAAAAGAAUGCAAAAUCAUCACUCGAUGCAAAUUAUAAACUUUUCGAAAUGGGUUUCGAAGAUUUCGAUUUGAAUGCAAAACUUCUCACCGAAUGCAAUAACAAUUUGUCGAAAGUAAUAGAAAAUCUAAUUGAAAUAUCAAAAAAGAAAAAUCGUUUACUCCCGGAUUAUUUUUAA